UCAUUCUCCAUCCACAGGCUUUUUGGUUGCCCAACACCAGAAUAAUGUUGCUAAACAUGGUGGGGUGGACAGAGGAUGUCUGAAGUACCACGAAAAACCCUUCCGGGUUACAUUCUUUGUUUCGACACUAUAUAAUCAACACCCCAACUACGAUUCCGAAUUGCGUUGACCAGAAGGAAUUGCUUUAACUCAAUCAACAUGGACAAAUACGCAUUUCCAUGCGAACCACUGGCCAGUCCGGAUGCUGUGGUGGCCGAGGCAAACUAUCGCUUUACACUUCUGGGUGGCAAUGUGAUUCGCUAUGAAUGGUCCUCCGACGGCCAAUUCGAGGACCGCGCCUCAACCUUUGCCAUGAAUAGAAGGUUUCCGGUACCCAAUCAUGAGAUUCGAGAUGUGGAUGAUCAGCUGGAUAUUAUCACGCCUUCGUUUCAUCUCACUUACGACAAACAACGAUUUAGUCCCAGCGGCCUCAUGGUCACCUUCAACAGCAAAGUCACACUGUGGGGAUCGGAGUGGAGGUACGGCAGUGACCCUGAGAACAAUCUCGGCGGUACAGCACGAACAUUAGAUGAGGUAGAUGGCCGAUGCGACCUAGGUGCGGGAAUUAUCUCAAGGUCAGGUUUUGCUAGCUUGGAUGACAGCAACUCCAUGCUCUUCGAUGGAAAAGGUUUUGUUGCAACUCGGCAGCCGGGUGAUCGCAUUGAUGGGUAUUUGUUCUACUACGGCCACGAUUUCAAGGGAGCCAUGAGAUCCUUCUAUGCCAUCUCUGGUGACCAACCCCAGCUGCCAAGAUGGGCGCUCGGGAAUUGGUGGAGUCGCUACCAUGCGUACAGCGCAGAUGAGUAUAUCAGUUUGAUGGACAAAUUCACCAAUCGAGGAAUUCCUCUCUCGGUAGCUGUGAUUGACAUGGACUGGCAUCUUGUUGAUGAUGAACGAGUUCCUCAUACCGGAUGGACGGGAUACACUUGGAAUAAAACCCUUUUCCCAGACCCAUCCGAAUUUGGCAAAGCAUUACACAACCGUAAACUCAAGAUUACGUUGAACGAUCACCCGCAUGCUGGCGUGCAUCACCACGAGGACCUCUACGAAGAAAUGGCACUCGCUUUGAAUCACGAUACCUCGAAGAAAGCUCCAAUCUUGUUCAACUCCACAUGUCCCAAAUUCAUGGACGCCUACCUGAACAUACUCCAUCGGGGCAUUGAAAAUAUCGCCUGCGAUUUCUGGUGGAUCGACUGGCAACAAGGAGCUAGCUCCCGCGUACCAGGACUUGAUCCCCUCUGGUUGUUGAACCAUUUUCAUUUCCUUGACAGUGCGCACACGAAGACUAUAGAUCAACCUCUGAUAUUUUCCCGCUACGCUGGCCCUGGAAGCCACAGGUACCCAGUAGGAUUUUCUGGGGACACCAUUACUAGCUGGGCGACUUUCGAGUUUCAGCCAGAAUUUACUGCCACUGCCUCGAACAUAGGGUACGGCUGGUGGAGCCACGAUUUAGGUGGACAUAUGAAGGGCGAGCGAGAUGACGAAUUGGUCACUCGGUGGGUUCAGUUUGGGGCAUUUUCGCCGAUUCUACGACUCCAUUCCUCGAACAGCCCCUGGACAUCGAAGGAGCCGUGGUCGUACCACAAGGAAAGCGAAACCAUCAUUCAGCACUUCAUGCAGUUCCGUCACCGCCUCGUGCCUUAUCUAUACACAGUGAACGCUGAAACCGCCGCUUCUCACCAACCAUUAAUUCAACCUAUGUACUGGAGCUUCCCUUCACGAGACGUUGCCUACGAGGUCCCCAACCAAUAUUAUUUUGGUCCACAUCUGAUUGUGGCACCAAUUGUUAAGCCGCGGGACAGAAGAACGGGCCAAGGCAUGGUCAAGGGCUGGAUCCCUCCUCAUAGACAUGUCGAUAUUUUCACUGGCAUUGUCUAUGAUGGCGAUAGAGAGCUCAACAUGUAUCGUUCUCUAGAACAAAUACCUGUCUUGGCCCCCGAAGGUGCCAUCAUCCCCCUAGAUGGGAAGCUCGUGCCUGAUAACGGAUGUGGAAACCCCGAAAAUUUCGAGGUCCUCGUGGUUGUUGGUCGAGACGGCGAGUUCACUAUUAUUGAGGACGCUCGAGAUGAUAUCGUGAAGCCAGAAACCGGGAUAGUUGACCAAGAACCGCGCACUGCCAAAAUUCAGUAUAAGCAGGAUUCUGGGCAGCUUAAGGCAACCAUCAAGGGAGGUGCAUGGUCCUUUAGGUUUCUCUCGAUGACCGAGAUACCCUCAUCUUUGAAGGUCACCGUCAAUGGUUCCGACAUAAGUGAUGCAGAUAUCAUGGUCGAGAACUAUCCUCUCGUCCCAAGUAUGGUUGUGACAUUCCAACCACUCGCCGACGGCGAGAACGAGUUGAUUAUCGACAUGGGUCCCUCUCCACAACUGAGUGUGCUGGAUCAUUCCAGCCGUAUCAGUGACCUGCUUCGGAAUUACCAAACGGAGUUUGAGAUUAAAGACAGAAUAUGGGCUCUCGUCGGCCAACCUGACCGCCCUGCCACUGUCAAGAUAGGAGGACUUUUGAGCAUAGGUAUUGAUGAAGCCUUGACCGGGCCCAUAGCAGAGUUGAUGUGCUCGGACAGCCGAAGCGCUUGAUUCUGUCUGGUGCCUGGAACAAGUAGUCUCUGAUCUAUCUAUGGCUAUGGUCGGUGUUUCGGAAUCCAUUUCACUUUAAUUCAAGUUGGCAUUACGAAGGAUACUCACAUGAGUUAUUCACUAUAGAAGGAGGAACAAAAUUCUUGUCGUAUUUAGAUCUAAUGAAGCAAAUUGGUCAUGUAUGACAUGAUAUGCAUGAUUGUUAUAUUCGAG